CACGGACCCCAUGUCCCAUGUCCCAUGUUGAAAUUUCCCAAUCCAUCCUCGCCUUUCGCAGACAAUCUCGCUUCGAGCUCUUGCGACCGAUCCCCAGCGGGGAACCGUUUUUCUGCUCAACCACCUCGCCGUGCGACGCGCCAAUUCGGCCCUCUCCAAGACGCUGCCUCGUACGCGAUCCUCACGACAUCGUCGAAUGCAUUGACGCCGCCAGAGGCCGAGCCGGAGCCUGACCCCGAGCCCGACGCCGCACAUACGCAAAGGGGGACCGCCGAGUUGCGGCCCGUCGUCGUCCCCUGUGGCCGCUGAACGAAGACAUAGGGCCCGGAUCCUGAAGUCGCUUUGCCUAUCUAUACCUGGGACGAAGAGAGCUCGCGCAGCGGGCGCCGGACGAGGAGGGAUGCAGACGGCUAAGGGGAAGGCCGAGGCGCUGGGACGAAAGGCCAAGCUUGCCAAUUCCUACCAGGAGCUCCUAGAUGAAUUUUCGAGCAACGAUCUCAAAUCAGUCGGCAACUACACCCUGGGCCGCCUGAUUGGCAAAGGAUCCUUUGGUAAGGUGUAUUUGGCCACCCAUAAGCUCACUAAUGGCUCCAAGGUCGUGUUGAAGUCGGCGAAUAGAACCGACUCUAAUCUGGCCCGCGAAAUACACCACCACAGACAGUUUGUCCACCCACACAUUGCGAGAUUGUAUGAAGUUAUUGUGACGGAGAAUUUGGUGUGGAUGGUCCUUGAAUAUUGUGCAGGUGACGAACUGUACAACUAUCUACUCGAUCAUGGCCCACUUCCUAUGCCCAAGGUACAAAAGAUUUUUGCACAACUUGUCGGCGCCGUCAGCUAUGUGCACAUGCAGUCAUGCGUCCAUCGCGACCUCAAGCUCGAGAACAUCCUCUUUGAUACACACGAGAACGUGAAGUUGGUCGACUUUGGUUUUACGAGAGAGUAUGAGGGCCGAACGAAUCAUCUGCAGACCUUCUGUGGAACAAUAUGCUACUCUGCUCCGGAAAUGUUGAAAGGAGAGAAAUAUGCCGGUGAAAAGGUGGAUGUCUGGAGUUUGGGUAUCAUUCUUUACGCCCUGCUCUGUGGAGAGCUUCCCUUUGAUGACGAUGAUGACAACGUGACUCGUACAAAGAUUCUCACUGAAGAACCAAACUUUCCCGAUCACCUUCCAGUUGAAGCGAUUCCCCUUAUAAAAUCUCUUCUGUCAAAACGACCCAUACUCCGACCAGGACUCCCGGAGAUUCUAGCUCACCCUUUUCUGGCAGAGCAUGCGCCAGCACAGCAGGCUAUUCUCGAAACGAAAGCCCUGCCCCCCUUUUCUACUCUGUUGGAGAAAGAUUGCCUACACCGCAUGCGAAGUGCCGGAGUAGACACUGACGCGAUCAUCGAGAGUGUUAUGGCGCAAAAGUGCGAUGCCCUGGCUGGGUGGUGGACGCUAUUACUUGAAAAGGAAGAACGAAAACUUCGCCGGAGGGAGAGAAAGAGGAAAGAAAGAGAACGGGAUAUGGACAAAAGCCUUCAUCGGAUUUCUGUGGCAUCAAGUCGUUUCGAACGGAUGCUACAGGAUGUAGACGAAGAUGGCGGCCUAACUAAACAGUUUAUCAAAUUAGGAGAGCCAGCAAUGCCCAGGGGUCGAGGGAGACCGGAUCGCAGGAGCGCACACUAUUAUGAUUUGGCGAUUACUGAUGUCUCUUACUUUACCGCCGAGGGCAGUCGUUCGAAUGCACCGCAAACUCCGGAUGAAAAUGGCCGCCACCGUUCCAUUGAUAGCCAUUCUAUCCGCUCAGUUUCUACAACUCGCAACUAUCGACCGAUUCCGCCGCCCAAGGAGGGUAUUUUACGCAGCGCUAGGUCUCGAGGAUCGACUCUGCAUCUUGUCACUACUACCGAAUCUUUAGGUCUUGAUGACCAUAGUGCUCCACCGAGUUCUCAACAACAGGACGAUAAUAGUCUGCAAAAAGCGAAAAAGAAACCCAGCCAGGCGAUCAUUGCUCAUUGGAAGAACUGGACUCAUUGGUUCAUCGAGAACACUACGAGAAGACGGCGUGGACAUGAGAGGCGCACCAGUCGAAGUGUACCGGACCUUCAUAAGAAAGAAGGCAGCACCAAAAGCAGUAAUGACGCCAGUCCCAGGCCGCAGACUAGCAAAAACCCCAACACCAGCUCAAUAGGAGCAAAUCCUACCGCUCCUCUUCCCAAGGGAGUCAUUCCCAACGGCCUCGUUGCUAAGACCAACGGAUCAUCUAGCUAUGGGUCUCUUCGAGGAAGCGUCAGCGGACCUGUAGGGACACCAUCUCAACAGCCUUUGAGACCUAAAAUCGGCACAUCACAGGCUUAUAAACGCCAGUCAUUAUCGCCGUCACCAUUGACGCCCCGAGGCACUGUCCGCCGCUCGUCAGCAGGCUUGAGAGGGAGAAAAUCGACUUCGUCUUCUGUGUCUUCCGUGCGAUCUAUGCAUCACCACCAUCAUACUCACUCCAAGGCAUCUUCCACCAGUUCUACGGGUUCUGUGUCGACGACCAAGACACCGUUGGCUCGCGGACACUCGCCUCACCACUCUGUAAAGGUUCUGCCUGCCACUCCUACUGGUACAGCUUUCCCCUCCAAUAUUCGUCUUGUUCGAAUGCCGCCCGCUCCUACGAUGAACAUGUACAACGAAGGUAUGCCAAGCCAGCCGCAAGCUCCGGGGUCACCGAAUCCAUUUGGCACGGGCGUCAUGUUUGCGAAGAGAAAGAAGAAUUUGUUCAAGGGCCCGGGUCUUAGCUUUGGAGGUUCCCAUGGACCAAUGCGAAAUGCGGGCAGCGGAUCUCAUUCUCACUCUCGAAGCGGUAGCGCCUCAGGAUUGGGUCGUCAUUCUGGAGAGAUUACUAUCCAGGAAGAAGACGAAGAUCAUAUGGGCGGUGUCGAUGAGGAGGAGGAAGAGGAGGAGAUUGAGGAGGUCGAUGCGUUCAGCCCGUUGGUUGGAGGUCCAGGCGAGAUCAUCGAGGAGCAGAUUCUUGAAGACGAAGCGACUACUCCUACAGCAGAAGUGCACCCAGCGGAUAUACAUAGUCCUUCGGCGAUUUCUCCCAGAAAUACAGUACUCGCUUAGUGUGGCUCGCUGCACAAAAGCAACUGAUGAGCUUAGCCAUGGCUCGAAAUCGAAGUGUAUCUGCUUGCAAAGAAAGCAGAUUGGUAAUACAGCAUCAACAUGGACACAUAUACCCAGAAGUAUAUGUGCUUCUUUUGAUACCACCCCCUUUCCCCCUUUCCCCCUUUCCCCAUAUCCUAUUUCUUUAAUGAACCAACUUGGCGAAGAUAGGCUUAAUCGCUAGUGUAUAUUGCAAAAUUUUUUUCCUCUUGUCUUACUGUUUCGACUUUAUUGUCAGUUUGUAAAAAAAGCAUAUUUCUUAUAUGUACUAUACCCACCGUGGUCAUGGAUAUCUACGUUGUAUUUUCUUACGACUUAGACUGAGCAAAGCUAGAAUUUGAAAGUCAAU